CCGCUGCCCCCUGCAGCGUCGUCAUUGCGCAGAAACAGUUUGAACCAAAAAGCGGAGUGACCUUCCUCCGCUCUCAGUCUGAGAGGGGCAGCACUGAAGCAAUAAGCCGGUCACAGCUCCUACAGUCCCCCGCUUUAGCCUCAGAAAUGAACAACAACUUAGUCGGAGAUGAAGUCGGGAAACUUUUCGUGGGCGGAUUGGACUGGAGUACCACACAAGAGACACUGAGAAACUACUUUUCACAGUACGGGGAAGUAGUAGAUUGUGUCAUCAUGAAGGACAAAACUACAAAUCAGUCACGAGGCUUCGGCUUUGUAAAAUUCAAAGACCCCAAUUGUGUACGGACAGUGCUGGAGACAAAGCCGCAUAAUCUCGAUGGAAGAAAUAUUGACCCGAAGCCAUGCACUCCCAGAGGAAUGCAACCUGAAAAGUCUCGAACCAAGGAGGGCUGGAAGGGCAGCAAAGCUGAUAGCAAUAAAUCAAAGAAGAUAUUUGUAGGUGGAAUCCCCCAUAACUGCGGCGAGCCUGAACUCAGGGACUAUUUCAAUAGAUUCGGAGUGGUCACAGAGGUGGUAAUGAUCUAUGAUGCGGAGAAGCAGAGGCCCCGAGGUUUUGGAUUUAUUACUUUCGAGGCCGAACAAUCAGUGGACCAGGCUGUCAACAUGCAUUUUCACGACAUCAUGGGCAAAAAAGUGGAAGUGAAGAAAGCUGAACCUCGUGACAGCAAAGCUCCUGGCCAGCUUGGCCCUGGCCAGUGGGCACCCAGGGGCAUCUUGAGCGCAGCUAAUGGUUGGACAACACAGCCUGCCCAGGGCUGGCAACAGCCUUACGGGCCACAGGGAGUGUGGGUGUCGACAACUGGCCAACCCAUAGAUCUGUUCUGUGUUGGAGCAGGCGGGUAUGGACCGCCAUUGUCGGCAGGUCGUGGAACCCCCACACAACCUCCAUCACCUUUCAACGCAUUCCUGGUCACGACCCCGGCGGGCGGCUUCGCUGCACCUCAGGGCUACCCUCAGCAGGGCUACAGCACAGCACCUCAGUUUGCAGGUUACAGUUUCGGCACACCCCAAGCAGACCAGUAUGCUCCACAGGUUCCUCCUCCGCCCACCACUCCGGGAACUGCACCUCUGGGCUUUGCCCCCGCCACCACACCAACUCAGGACUUGAGCAAAGCUCCCACUGGGCAGCCUGACUUCCCUUAUAGCCAGUAUGGCUUGGGUAACUACCCUCAGGACCCCUCUGCCUACGGACCAACGCGUCCUUCUCACAGUUAUGGUCAGGAUGAGCAGGGAGGAUAUAGUGCAGCUAAAGGGGUGAGAAAGGAAGGAAGAUUUAAAGAAGGACACGAUGCCAGGUACGGGCAGGACCUGACAGCAUUCGGCCACAGCUUCGCAGACCCUAGCCAGCCGACGGCCUCAUACGGGGCCCCAACAGCACAGCCCACUGCUGCCCCCCAGCCUGCUGCCAGUGCAUUCGGCAGAGGGCAGAACCACAACGUACAGGGCUUCCACCCGUAUCGACGCUGACCACCACCACCUCUGGCCAGGGCCGCUGUGUAAAGUUAAAAUAUGAAAAAAACAAAACAAAAAAAAACAAACAAAAAAAAGUCAGGGAAAUGUGUGUUCUCGCUAACAAGCAAAACUGGAGUUCUGGAUUGUUCUAUGGCAACGUUGUUCGCACACAGUUUGUGAAACAGAAACCUUUGUGAAAGCAGGGAUUCCAGUGAAUUCAAAUGGGGUGUAAAGAAACCCAGGUUUUUUUUGCAUAACUUAAGGAACAUUCAGCAGAAAGAAGCUUUUAUCCCCCACCCCCCCACCCCAUGUUUUAUAGUAGAACUAAACUACUUUGCAAUAAUUUUGAUUGUCUGGUCAAACACUAGCACAGAGACUAUAUGUAAAGAGACUUGCAUAUAAAUAUGUAUAUUUAUGGUGGACACAAAUGAAAACAGGGUCUCAAGUUUCCUCAGCUUUAAAUUCUAGGGAAAAAAAUGUUUUUAUUUUUCAUUUGGUGAAUUUUGUUUACUUUCUGAGCCUUUAAAGUUUGUUUAAAAUGGAGAUUAUGAAUAUAUAUAUAUUAUACACAAACUGUGCAAUUUUUUAAAAAGAGAAUUUUGUACUAUAAAUGUACACUUUGCUUGUUUUUUUAUUUAAAGAUGUAGACUUCCCUCAGGUGGCUCUUUUGGGUGCAUUUUUUGCACUUACGCAAAAAGAAAAAAAAAGGACAAAUUAUUACAAAAAAUAAAUGUUUUAAGGAUACA